UGACACGAAACAAAAAAAUUCUGGCGCAACCUGCUGAUCAGCGACUGUUCCUUCGACAGAGAAAGAGGUAGGUACUGGUUGGAGGUGACGUGGAAGAGGUGUGUGUGAAUAUCACGCAGCAGAGAGCGCGCACGUCGUCUCACGUGACUGUGUCUCAUAAUAGAUCGUGGCGCUAGACGGGGAGAGGUCAGUGGGCGAUCAUGUCUUUCAAUGACACCGUGUCAGACAGCCAACUGUCUAAUGUCAGUCUGGGUCUCAGCCAAGACACGACCAACCACAUCUUGAGUGCUGCUGGCUACAUCAACGUCAAUGACUGUGUGACGGAGCAAUACAUCACUGAGUAUGACGAGGGAGAGGAAGAAGAAGAUGGAUAUGGAAUUGAACAAGGUGUGUCCAAGAUUAAAUUGCAAAUUGCUGACCAGCAGAUUUCGUGACUCAAAACUUAGUCUGAACUAAAACUGAUCUACGGCUAGUUAACACAUAGACUGACAUGACAAUCAGUGUACAUACCUUAUACCAUGAGAUUAACAUUUUCCCCCAGGCACAUCAUCUCUGAGCGUGCGUCGAGCUGUUUUUAGUGCCACUACUCAGGUAACCUCUACCUCCAUUCUCUCUAUACCCUGUGGCUUGUGUGUGCCUAUCUUCUUUCCUUCAUCUUUCCUUCAUCUUUCCUUGUUUCACCCCACUCUCCCCACUCUCCCCCGUCUCCCAGAUCUCCCCAGAGUCCGCAGCCUCACAGCAUGUCCACAUACCCUCCUCCCCCCCUACCUCCUCCUACUCCUCCCUACCCAUUACACCAACAAACAGCCUAAUCUCGUGGCCUUCUGCCCAAGUCGGAGGAAAUGGUGGAAUUUCACCAACUAUUCUCGACUCUCCUCCUCUGCCUCCUCUUCCGUACUCCCACAACACCUCCCCUCUCUCCCAUCUCUCCCUCUCCUCUUUCCCUCAACCACCUCACUCCAUCUGUUCCAACCUUCCGUACAACACCUCAAUGAAAGGGAGGUAUGGGUUUGACAUAUCACUGGACACUGCUCAUCCUCAGUACUCCAAGACACCCCACUCCGCCUACUCCAAGAUCACCCAGAGGAUGUACAUCAAGAAAGAUGCCGACAUUCCUCUCUCCUUUACCGUCCAGUCAUUCGAAGGUCUCCAGAGAUGUCGGCUGGUGAUAACAGCCGUCCACAAACAACCAGAGAUGGUGGCAGAGAACCUCCAGUGUUGCAUCAAACAUGUCGAAGAACAGAAGAGAAAUGGUGUUCAUCAUCCGUACCAUUUUGUCAGAUCUCAAAUGGAUGGAUGUGCCUUCUUUGGCAACCCAGUUGCUCCCGAUCAGAGACUGUUCAUCGCACUCCCCUUCAGCAAUCUGCAGAGAUCUGGAGAUUCUCUGUUUACAGCUCUUCUGAAGUUUCCAUGUUUUACGUCAGACUUCAAGAGAGCGGGGCAGUUGGUUCAGCUGAUUUUCAGAGUUGAACUUGAGAGGGAGCUUCUGGGGAGAGCUGUGCUGGAUGUGAGGGUGUGUGCGUCUCCCGGGCGAGACAUGAGUGCGGACGAGAGGCGGGGGAAGGAGGGAGGGAGUGGGGAAGACAGCCAGAGGAGAAGGAGAGGACGGAAGAGAGCUGCCCCCGUGAAGGAGGAGGUGGAGCAGACUACAUUCCCGCCAAGAAAGGUCACGAAGGUCACCAAGACAAAGGAAGAAUAUACAAUCAAGACCUUCCCAGAGAUAUUUCCUCACGUGCUGGAGGCAGUCAAGUUACUGGAGAGGGUGUUCACUGUUCCUCUUAUCCUUCCUGAUGAUCCCGACUCACCUACCAACACCGAGCCUCCACAACUGCACCGCCACGGCUCAGCCUCCUCCAUGGAGAGUUGGCUGGAGGGCCUUGGUCUGGCCCACCACAUCCCCCUCUUCCAUCAAAAGGGCAUCCGCCAAACAUUCCAGGCCCUCUCUGUCACUGACAAUGAGCUGAAGUUGUGGGGCGUGGGAGACAGAGAUAGGCAGACAAUCCUCGAAGGAAUGACCAUCCUUCAGGAGAGAUCGUCUUCCCUCCCUUCCUCCUCCCUGCACACUCUCUCCCAGGCCUACUCCCAGGGAUCCUCUGCAAGUGGCACACAGCCAUUUCCACCAUUCGAGGUCAUUCAGAUUCAGGCACGGAAGAAGACCAUCAGACCACCUCAUUAGAUCAGGACAGGACUUCUCCAAAUUACUCCAACUGAUGAAAUUUGUUUUAAUCACAACAUGUCUCCUCUUUUUACUCCUCAUAUUGUGAUCUUUGACACAACUACUCUCUCCUCUCUCCAAUUGAUUCAUGAUCACAUGUAGCAAUCAUUGUCUUCCUGAUACUCUCUCGUCUGAGAAAACUAGCCAAAACGCAUUUAUAUUAUGUGAAUUUCACAAAUUAUCAAUGAUUAUUCAAGUCGU